UGCAUCAUUUUUUUCCUGCUGUUGGAGAAAAAUCGAAACAAAAAUGGCCUGUCGUCCUUGCUGAAUUGGUUGUUGUCCGUCUUUUUUGGUAACAUUGUGCAAAGUCGCAAAGUAGAUAAUUCCACAGUGCUCGCAGCUUAGGGCCAAAAGUGUGAAGAAUGUGUUUCGAAUGUCGACUAGUGGCCCAGGAUCAAUAUCUGGAGAGGAGAUAAAAUUCAAAAAGGGAGUCCUUCAGCAGCAGCUGGGGCUGCUGCUGCUUCAUCAGCGACAAAGGAAAAAUCGAUAGACAGGCUCUGCUGUGGAAGAAUAAGGCAAAAGUUUUCCUGUAAAGCGGAUUUUGCGACUUAUUGAAUUUCCUGGUUUGCGAUAAUGGAGGUGAUUGUGUUGAAUCCUGAGAAUCCGGAGGUACUGAAAGGUGUUGAAAAUAAUAACAAUUUUGCGGGAAGUGGCGACAAGGUGGAUGAAAAGUUACUGGACGGAGCAAUGGCUACAACCAUGACCAGCAGUAUAGCAAGCAUUCUCGAUGAUACAACGCCAAGUGAUUCCGGAGUCCAGCUGCUGGAUUCGGAGUCAAGUGGACUGAAUGAGUCGAUGAUCUCAAGUGCUGGUGGUUUCGAUUUCGAAGUCACAAAUACGCAAAAUAAUAAUAACGGCAAGGCAACUGUCCUGGACAGCCCGGUCGAGGAAGAGCUGGGAAAGUUUGUCGAGAUUGAUGUGCAGAAAAUAGACGGAAGUUGUGUACGUGGGGAAGAAAUAGAGCAGGCCAUGACCAGUAGCCAGAUUCCUGACGAAAUGAUUUCGAGCACCUGCUCGACGUUCGACACCGAGAAUAUUGUAUAUAGACGGAGGACGAAGAAGACAGCCCCAACGGUGAACAAAACCCCGAAAAAGAGGGUUUCCUUUCACGAAGAUAUUUUGAAAAACACAAAAACGGAUAACAUUCAUAUUGAACAUGGUUUUAUAACGUACAAAGGUGGGGCCAACAAGAAUAAGCCGCAGAUUGGAACAAAAGGAAGGUACUCUUGGUGCUCGGAGUACGAUGAUGAUGGGUUGGAUUAUGGAGAUGAAGAGGCUGGCGAUAAUCGGCAGUACGUUUAUAGGAACGCAUGUUCGGAUGUCUUAGAUUAUGGAAAAACAGAUGUUUUCGAGAAUAUUGAAGACGAGAAAAACUAUGUAAAAUACGACAAUUCCGGUGUUUUCGAGUACGGACCUCCAGAAAAGCGUCCAUUUUCGAAACACGCGGCUCUAGAUGGUAAAACAUUUUAUAAAUGCAGCUGCUCAGACUCCAAUUCCAGUUUGGACUCGGGAAGCAGUAACGAAGGAGCCUCCAACUACAAAAACCAGGGAAAAUCAAACAGCUGCGAAUGCAUCGGACUGAGUAACAAUAACAACAAUAUCAUCUCGGACAAUUGCUACUACAGCGAGCCAAACAUAGAACAUUUGGACGAAUUCAAUGGAAAUAGCGUUGGUGGGGUCGAGCGGGUGGCCAAGUCUGUCUGGAGUAAAGAGAAGAAACCAAAGAGCAGCUGCUUGAAGAAGACCAAACGCAAUAUGAUGUACACAAACGUUGUUGUUCCGGAGUACGAUCUUAACAAGAAGGUAAAAAAGUUCAAUGUCCACCACCUUUCCGUGAUCGACAACAGCAAGAUGAUCUUUGGCUCACUCAAAAACAUCUUCGGAAUAUCGCUACCGGAACGGGGAGUACCGGAAGGCUCGGAAGAUCUCUCCGCGGUCAAAGAAUGCAUUCCAGAAACGACCGAAUCAAUGAUCGAUGACUUCACAGUUGUUCAGAAACCUAAAAACUUUCUAUCCAAAAGUUUGGACGGAGGUUUCGGCGGUAACAAAUUGAAUGGUCAGCAAAAGAAGUACGUUCACAACGUAGACGAACAGCUGCGCCGAAAGAAUGAUGAAGAUUUGUACGCACCAAGCCGGAAGAAUAGCGUAGAGGAGGAAGAAGAGCAAAAGCAAAAAGAAGAAGAAGAAGAAGCAAUCUGUAAGAAACCACAACAGCUGCAACUGGACGACACAGAACAGCUGCCGACUAAAGCUCCUUAUCGGAACAAGUACAUUAUCAACGGAGAAAGUACCGUUUUCGAGCAUACGGGAGUGUCCUACUGCUAUGAGGAUACCGGAGAAAACCCAUUGAUCGAUGGAGAAGAUGACGGAGGCACUCCAAAAGAACUUCCUAUGGGAGAAACGACCAGCGGAUCGUUUAUUGGGAAAACCCAGAUCAAGAAGAAGCUGUCGAAUAUCUUCCAGAAGAUGACCGUUAUCGGCUCGAAUGCGACAACGCCAGUAUCGGCCUCGGUAACAGCUGCAGCAGCGCCACCCCCGUUGUUAGCUCCGGCUCCUCGCAGCGGCGGUGAUGGAUUGGAAUGGAUAGCUAGGGAUCAAGACAGUUGUCAGACACUGACUUUGCGUAAACAAUCCCGCGAUGAGUUGGACGGUUCUUUGGGCCCUGCCAGUGCUGUAGAAAUGAGCAAGAAGACAGCUGGAAAGAGUCAACCGAACCGGAUGGAGAGUAGCACGAUAUCUUCCUGCGGAAGCGAUCACAGUUCGCAGUCGGAGAGCAAAGCCAACACUCGCGAUCAGGUCUGCAAUAAUUUAAGCUCUCCGCGGGGUUCUAUCAGCAAGAACCGUCAUCUUUCGUCUCCGCUACGGAAGAAAUCUUUGACCUCUCGCCUAGAACCCCGGGCGCGCAUGAGCCCAGACCUGUUCAAUCUUGGCGGGGUUCCAUCUGCUCGACAUCUGAACAUUGAGCGUCAGCUUAUGGUUGACGAGUUCGACGAUAUUCUCACCGUGACCACUACGACCCCCAACGACACCGACAAGGAUAGCAAUGAUAUCGUUAUAUUGGAUUAUCCCUCGACCAGCAGCACCCCGACUCCGCAACCGUCGGAUGUCGAAUUACUGACACCGGAAAAGGUUCCCUUCGUGCCGCCUCUCAUCAGGCGACACAACCCGAUGACCACUUCGGCCAGCUCAACGUCCACUUCGAAAAGUUCCCUGAUCAACAGAUUUCUUCGGAAUGUCACACAGAAGAAAAUUUUGGAGGCCACCAUCAAACAGAACAGCUUUUUCCAAUCUAAGCUCUGCACGGAGAAGAAACUUUUCGAUAAUCUGGUGCCGAAGGGGGUGAAAUUGUUGAACCGAGAGUUGAUCGAAGAUCUCAAUGCAGAAAUUGCGAUGGAAAUCGAACUCAGCUCAUCCGCUUGCCAGCUGGAUCGGAUCCAGUUGAACGAUUCUCACGUGGGCGAAGGCGGAUACGGACUAGCGCUGGGGGAAAUCAAAUUCGACGGAGGUGGCGUUGGAGUUGGGGAAAUUCCGGUGGAUAUUUUCAACGGUAAUCGAUUGCACAUUUUCAGGAACGAAAACGAAGCGUUGAUGAAGGUUUUCAAGCUUUACAAUGGAUACAGUCGGGAGGGUUACAUGACGCCGGUGUUGGUCUUUUUAACCGAUAAGACUCUGUACGUCACGGACCAGGUUAGGAAUAGGUUAUGUAAUAAGUUCGUGCUUCCUUAUUCGGAAUUGGAUGUGAUAUUGGUGGGACCGUACGGGAAUACAGUGCUGCUGAGUAAUUCGGCGCGGGAUAUGCAGCAGGUUCUGCUCGCCGGUGGUCCAUAUCCAGCGGAUGGAUUGGUCGCAAGUUUGGAACUUUGCGCCAGAAGAGGCGGCUCGGUGUUGCCAGCGGUUGGGCAGCUAACGUUGGACCAUUUAGCCCCACUGCAAGCGUUUGUGAGGGACAACUCGAAUGUCAGUAGAGAUGACAAAUGGAAGUAUUAUGCAGUGGUGAAUGUCCCAGCCGGGUCUUUGGGAAGCGAGGAAGAGCCACUGGGCCCACACAUUAAGGGGCCGCUGAUGCAUCGGAGAAUGUCGCAUGCCGGUUUCGUGGACCAGUGGUCUGCUGGAUACUUUUUGCUAAAAGCUGGAGUUCUGUAUCUAUUUGCGGAUGCCACUCAGAAGUUACCGACUUGGGCCGUCACCUUGGCCGAGUGCCAAGGUGCUCGACGGUCACUCAACUCUGGCCGACCAUACUGUUUCGAACUGUUACUGAGAACCGGAGCCUUACAGCUAGCAGCACCGGAUGAAUACGUUGCAUCCGACUGGCUGCAGGCUCUUGUACAGGCUGCAAGUGGGCAGCUCUUCGAACUUCAAGAACGACGGAAGACGUUGGGUUGCACGCUGAUUAUGACUUCCAAUCACUUGCUAACCCUUCGCGAAGACUUCAAUGCCCCACUGCGGCGAAAUAACGUAUCAUCCAGCGCCAAUUCCAGCAUCAUCGUGUCUCCGGCCAAGGAGAAUGUUAACCCUAAUGCUCAACAACCGAAUCAGUCUAGUCAACAGCGAAAGCUAAGCAAUUCCAACAUGUUGGAUACAUCCAGUGAGAUAAGUUCCAUCCGUUCGACGGGAAGUACCCCAACACGGUUCAACAGCUCCAUAAUUUGCAGCAGUGACCGACUUUCCAACUCAACCACCAGCACCCCCACGAAGCACGGUAUGCUAAGGGAGGGAGGGGUAAGUACAAACUCCCCAUCGCGUAGCUGUCGCCGGCAGUCAUCGAUCGAAGGCGUACCCCUGGGAGGUGGUGAUGAUCGAAGCCACACCAAUAUGAGUAGUUUUUACGGAAAGAACUCUGGCGUGGAGGUGUUGACCUGUGCCAGCAUCGAUGAGAUGACCGCCGUCAAGAUCCCAGCGGUGUCGUCCAAUUGGUGGUGCAUUCUGGAAUUCGAGUGCCAGGAGGUGCGUGAGACGUCAGACGAUUUGGUGGUGUUCUUCAGCACCAGUUCAGAACAAGAACGGUUCCUCACUAUGUUAGAAUCAAUCUGGUUAACCAAGAAGGACGAACCUUUUCCGGCUUCGAUCGUAACCAGCGAGGACGAACUGUACCAACACUGUUCGAAACUGUUUGUCGAGAUUAAUCGAUCCUGGGAGCCACUCCUUUCUGCAGCUCUCGGAUAUCCACAGUAAGGUUAAGCUAACUAAGGACAAACCGGUAUGUAAAUGUUUUUCGUUUAGUUCCAUCGUUUGGUUGGAUACGCUACACAAUGAUGGUGUAUAAAUUAUUACUAUUGAUCGCUUUUUUAGAUUUGUUUUAUGAUUUGGGCUGGUUCCAAAGCUAAGAAUGCGUAAAACCGAUUCGGUACAGAAUUGGUUUGUUUUGAAUUUGUAUUAGACGAUUACUAAAUUUUGGAAUUAUUCUCUCAGUAUUUGAUGGUAAAUAUCUGGCGCUCCAAUUGUUUUUUUUUUCGAAAUGUUGUACACACAUAUUUAUUCGUUACUAAAUUUAUUUCAAUUGAACAGAACUAGGUAUGUCAAAAAAUGCAUAUAGACAAUAUAUUAUUAGGAAGGUUUACAAUUUAAUGUAUCUAAUCAAAAUUAUUAUAAAUUGAAAGUAUUAUAAAUAACACACAUUUUCAAAUAAAUAAAACUGAAGCUAUAUAUACACAAACAUUAAACAAAUGUAAAACAAUGCUUACGCUUUAUAUAAAAAUAUUUACUCAAUGUUUUAUAAUAGAGAUAAAAAAAACAUUGAGAGCUUUUUACCGUACGCCUGUUUAAGAGUCUAUAUUUUUGGCGGAUUUCAUUUCAAUUUAUCCAACCCAUUCAGAAGCAAAGUGCAUCAUUUAGUCAUCACUUAUAUACCUACAUGGCAUCCAUGACAUUUAUGCGCUAUAAUUUGCCAAUGUUUGAACUUUUGUUUAUUUAUUUAUAAUUAAAUUCGGAUUUCAUCUUAUUACCUGCUCAUUAGAACUUUUUGUUAUGCUUUUAAUGCAGUCAUUACAAAUUUAUAUUAAAAAAAAACCUAACAAAAUUUAAAAAGUAUGCAGCUACAGAUUCUAAGAAACGAGUUCAAAUUCAAUACCGUGCUGUGCCCUUAUUCCGUUCACCUAAGACAAUGCGCUAUGUCUAAAAACUCUAAAAAACAGCCGUUAAGUAUUUUGAAGCUGCAAUUUCGCUACAUAGUGUAAUUUUCUAUAUACAAUUGAAAAUAAAAUAUGUUGGGAUGCAUUCAUAGACUUAGGUUCCAAAUAGUUGAAAUAAAGCAAUUGUGUGGUCCUAAUUCCAAUCAUCUCAAAUGACAUUGUUCCUAAAUCCGUUCAUUCGUGUUCCUAAUUCCAAUCACUCGAAAAACAUUUGAUGUCUUGUAGAUGUUAAUAUCAGACAUACAUUUUCUCACAAAUGCAUCUUUUCAUUCGUUAUUAUUGCAAAUAAAAAAAUUAAAAUGUUAUUUUCUUCCAAAUUUAAAAUACAAUGAAUGAUAUUUCCUUAGUUGGAUGUUUUUUCGUUUGUUUCACUUACCAUACGAGGUCAACAUGAACAUUAAUGUUAGCUUACCAGCCCAGUAGCAUUAGGUACCACAGAUAAAGGGAGAUACGAUUCACUAUCGGAGUUUCCCACUUUAUCCUCAACGUAAUUUUGACUUGAGUCUGGAUACUAGGCCUUUAAUUUUGACAUUAAUCUUCCAAAACAAUGUCUGUUUGUUUGGAAUUGUUCGUAUAGAUGUUUCGUUCAAAUUGAAUAUUUCUUUGCUCCUCGGAAGCCUUUUUCUAAUAUUGUCCACGCAACCACUUGACAAUUCGCCGUUCACCAACAACUGAAAAAAAAACUGCGUUUUCAGGCAUGAAUUGAAAAACGUUCCCAUAACCAUUUUGCGUAGAGUUAUGAACGGAGUUCCUUUCGGUCUGAUUGCUUGCAGGAUAGAAUUUCUAAAGUUCAUCAUUCUUCAUGGGUUCAUUAAUGUACGAUGUACCUUUCCUAACUCAUAGAUUAUUUUCUCACGAAUGGAAUUUUCGGAAUCCAUCCUCCAGACCCAUAGAACGGAAUAAGGAACGAGUUGAUUUACAUGUACCCUUAUUCCGGUCAAGAUAUUUUUCACUUUUCAGCAUUUUAUAUCGGCAAAAUACAGACAACGAUUAAGUAAUACACUGCAAUGUUACCUGUUAUAUCUUGUUAUGCAGUUUGGUUUCAAAUUAAGGGCAAAUUUUCACCUAAAAAUGCUUGAAUAUUAUGACAGAUGUUCUUAGCAAGUGGGUUAAUGAAAACAGUCAAAAUGGCGCCUGUAGUGACGAUCAACAAAUUUUGUUGAAAUUUUCACUAAAUAUCGCAAAAAAUGACGCUGCUUUUCAUUUCAUUUCAUGCAUAUAUAACCGAAGAAAAGUAUAAAAAUAUGUUUCUGUUAUUUUUAUACAAAAAUUCUUCAUUAUUUAUUAUUUUGUCUUGCGUGAACGGAAUUAGGCGCUGAUUGGAAUAAGGGCACAGCACGGUACCUAAUUUACAAAACGUCUCAUCUGCUUUGGUUAACAAAGAUUUGAACGUCGAUUUGGCGAAUCUGAUUGCACUCCUACGCAAACCAACACCAUCAAUAGGCAGGUGAAGGUUUGAACUACCUGUUGGUGGUGAUGGAUUGCGUGGGAGUGCUAUCAGAUUCGUCAAUUCGACGAUUGUUUACAAAAACAGUCUAUUCGUUUUGAAAAUUUGGUAUUGAAUUAUUCUAUUUAUUCUCACAACAUACAUACAAUGAAAUUUCGACAGAUAUACGACUAUGUACUGUAGUUCAUAAGUGCAUUACACAAUCUGACGUCAGAAAUUUUUGAAAAUUCACGAAUCAUUGGUGAUCACCAGGGAUUGUAAUUAUAAUUUCAUGAUCAUUUAGUAUUCAGCCAAUGACUCAUUCCAGAGCCGGAAUUCCGAAAAGUGUUGUAUUUGCGUAACUUUCUCGAAGGGUUGAUUUACAGCGUACAACGAUCGUGUCACAAGCCACUAGAAGACUAGGAAUCAUAAUCAAAAUAUCCAAAGAUUUUAAUGACCAGCACUGUUUGAAAGCAUUAUACUGCUCACUCGUCCGCCCGAUCCUUGAGAAUGCUUCAGUUGUUUGGCUACCGCAUCAAGUUUCGUGGUGCCUUCGAAUUGAACGUGUUCAGAAGCGAUUCAUUCGCCAGGCGCUGCGAGAUUUACCUUGGCGAGAUCCAGUAAAUUAGCCACCUUAUCCGGACAGAUGUCGACUACUGGAAAUCGACACAUUACAACGCCGGAGGAAAAUUCAACAGGCGUUGCUCAUUGCUAAGCUGAUAAACGGUGAGAUCGAUGCCCCAGGACUCCGAUCGAUGCUAAGCUUUCGUAUACCGAGUAGAAAUUUACGGCAUUCUACAUCACUUGUGCCCAGUUUCCACAGGUUUUAAUUCGGAUAUAACGAACCGAUAGACGCUUGCAUAAGAACGUUCACUUUAGUGGAAGACCUCUUCGAGUUCAAUGAGCCAUCCAGUGGUUUUUUCGAUAGAUUAAGAAGAUCAAAUGUAUUUUUAUGAGGAGUUGUCCAUGUAGACUUAAGGAUCCGAUGGACAUUGGAAAAUAAAAUAUAAAAGCGUUUCACGCUGUAAACAUUAAACAUAGAGCAACGUUCCCCUAGACAAAGUUGUAGAGCAGCGGUUCUCAACCUGGGGUACAUGUUCCCCUGGGGGUACCUCGAACGAAAUGCUUAAUGGCGGAUGAAUUACAAUUUUAAACUUAUUGAUAAAGUUUUGACAAUUUUUUUUAUUUCGAAACCUACAUAAUAUGCAUGGUAAUCAGUAAAUCAUGGCAUAUUGAAUUCUGACCUCCAAAACCAGUACAAUGGAUGAAGGGCUGUGAGACAAAACAUCAAAAGGGCAAAACCUCGAAUGAACAAAUUUUGAAAAAAUUCUCAGUUGCUUCGUUGCAAGAGAAUUGGAUGCAUCCUUCUACGCUUCUCGGAAGCCUCCUUUCAAGUGACCCGGAAGCCUCAUUUUAAGAGGUUCGAAGACUUUCUUUUAAGAGGCCCGGAAGCCAAGCUUUUUUCUAUAAACUUUUUUUCUGCUUUUUCUUUCAAAAGGCUCGAUACCUUCUUUCAAAAGGCUCGAAGCCUUCCUUUGAAAUGCUCGGAAUUCUUUUCUCAAGAGGCUUGGAAGCGCCCAUUCAAGAUACUUCCGCCUUUUUUAAGGCCCGGAAGAAUACCUAGUUGCACAAAUAUUACUGCUUUGGUUGCCACAGCACUUAUGUGACUCGAUUUGGUACUAUAUGAGUUAUAGAAACUCGUGUAUGACAAGUGUGCUACUCGUGACUUUUUAAAAAAGCUCGAAAGUAUCCUUUCAAGAGGCUUAAAAGCCUCCUUUCAACAGGCUUAAAAGCCUUCUUUCAACAGGCUGAAAAGCCUUCUUUUAAAAGGCUCGGACGACUCUUUUAAAAAGGCUCGGAAGCUCCUUUCAGAAGGCUCAGAAGCCACCAUUCAAGAGGCUCGGAAGACUGAAAAGUGUUUAUUCAAAAUACUCCGAAGCCUCCUUUCAGGGGGCUCAAAAGCCGCCAUUCAAUAGGCUCGGAAGACUCUUUCCAAGAGGCUUGGAAGCCUCCUUUCAAGAACUCGAAAACGUCCCAUCAAGAUGCUCGGAAUUCUUUUUUUAAGAAGCUUGGAUGCGUAUUUUCAAGCGGCUCAGAUGCGUAUUUUCCAGAGGCUCAGAUGCGUCCUUUCAAGGUAUUCAGAACCCUCCUUUCGAGUAACUCGGAAGCCUUCCAUAAAAUGGCUCGUAAGGUCUUUAAAGAAGCUCGGAAGCCUCCUCCUCGGAAGCCUUCUUUUAAGAAGCUCGGAAGCCUUUUUCAAGAGGCUCGGAAGCCUCCGCUCAACAAGCUCUGAAGCCUCCUUUCAAGAGGCUCGGAAGCCUCCUUUUAAAAGGCACGAAAGCCUCCUUUCAAGAGGCUCGAAAGCCUACUUUCAAGACGCUCGGAAGCCACCCUUAAUGGGGUUUAGAAGGCUUCUUUCGAGUAGCUCGGAAUUCUCAAGGGGCUCGUAAUUCUUUUUUCAAGCAGCUCAGAGGCUUCCUCAAGGGGCUCGUAAUUCUUUUUUCAAGCAGCUCAGAGGCUUCCUUUCAAGAUCUUCCUCUCGGAAGAGGCGCAGAAUCCUACUUCCAAAAGGCUCGGAAGCCUCCUUUCAACAUGCUUGGAAGCCUUCAAUAGUCAAAACAGUCCCUACAGUCAGUCCCUCGAUGUAAGAACUUAAUUUUUAUUGGGAAGUUUACAAAAAUUAAAAUUUCAGAAAAGUUUAUGGAGAGCCAUAUAUUCCGUAAGUUUUCAGGUCCAUUUUUCAUAUACUCGAAGAGUUACGAUUAUUUUCAUUUACAGCAAAAAAAUCAUAGGGGGCACCUCAAUUAAUGCAAAUGUUCGAAGGGGCACCUCUCAAGAAAAAGGUUGAGAACCGCUGUUGUAAAGGAAAAACAGCGCUAGAAGUCCGCCAUACAAAACUUUUCGGAAUUCCGCCUCUGGAAUGAGUUAUUGGUUGAAUACAUUGGAUUCUGUUUUUAAUCAAUUUACAUUUUCUCAAUUCUCUUCUCAUCCUAAAUGUUAAACGCAUAUUAAUUAUCAUGUGAUUUUUCUUUAAUUUAAUCAAGAUUUUUUGAAACAUGUUGCGAAGGUUCUGAUGGUAAAUUCACACGAAAAAACGAGCAAAAAAAAUCAUGUAAAAACAGAAUCCUGUUGUACUAGAUGAUAAUGAAAUGUUAAGUUAAUCCCUGGUGAUCACUAAUAUAUUCGCCCAAUGUGCUCAUCAGAAGGAAUCUGAAUACGAGUCAAACACUUUAGCUUGUAAAAUCAAUCCGAAUUUUUCUGGACGUGUUCAUACAAAACAUCUGUUCGAAAAUGAUUUAAUUGUCUCAUUACCUUCGUUCCAGUUUUUUAACAUUAUUUUAAACUAAAUGCUAAGCAGUUUUAGCAGCAUCAACCUUGUUCUUUAAGGUCUUUAAGACAUAAUUGUACCAUCUUGUCUUUGAUUUUCAAUAAACUCGAAACAAUUUGCCCCCCUGAAAUUUAUGAUGUGUCAUCUUAUGUUCUGAGAUUGUAUUGCCUUAGUUGAUUACAUACAAAAAAAUGAUUUAUUUUUCAGAAAUUAUUCAAUUCCAAUAUCAUGAUGUGUUAUUGCUUUUUGCAUUGAAACUUUUCGUUUCGUCACUGAAACCAUUGACACUUGUCUUCAGCGACUGCUUCCGCGAUAGAGCAUUUGCACAUUUUAUUCACUCAUACAUCUAUAUUGCUGUCAAAAUGUGCAUUUGACAAUUAAAUUUUCAGCUAAAAGCUCUAUUUUUUGACACCGAUGCACUCACACAACCAAUCGAGAUCAGUUGUCAAAAAAUCAGGAGUACCAACUUGACCACUAUCUCCUUGUCGCCGAGUCAGGCGCAGAGUGCUCGGCGCGGAAACCCAAAGGUGGGAAUAAAAUUUUGGGGCUUAUGCGCAAUAGUGUUAAUGAUUAAAAAAUCUCGACAUAGUUUGACUUCAUUUUUUGAAUCUCUAAAUAUUUCCAUUUUUUUUUAAAUGAUGAUGGUAAUAUUAAUAUCUGAUUGUUAAAUGAUAACGUAAAAAAAGUAAAUGAUGAGGGAACCGUCAUCAUUAAAAUCUGAUUGUGAUAUUUCAGUUAACUAGACUGCAUAAUUGCUUGUUUGAUUUCUAUUUCAUAUUAUUAGCCAUCAAAACGAUAUCUUAUCUUGAUUGUUUUGCUCUUUUGUUGACAGUUUUAUCGUAUAAUCUACUGAUACUUGUACUACCUACACGCAAAACACUAUGCAUACAUUAUAGCAUUUUCACUUCAUUUGAUGUGUGCGCUUUGAAUACUGCUUUGAUACAAGAUAUUAAUCUAUCAUCUCAUACAAACGAUACCAAACUGGACAGUAAAAUGUUAUAUAAAUUGAAUAAACUGAAGUAAAAACAAUAUGUAAUCUCAAUACAUACUUAGAAGCAAGUAAAAAUCACAAAAUAUUUGCGCAAAUGCAACUGCUUUUGCAGUCUACUGGAAAAUAACUUAGAGUAACAUGGUGCAAAAUUGAAAAAAAAAAAACGGAUCUACAACCAACAUCUAAUAUUUUUACCAGUUAAACCCUAUCUGUUGGCAGAACAAGAGUCCCUAGUCAACCCCCUAUUUAUCUAUAUGUAAUUUAGUCUGCAUGAUAAUAUGCUUUUUAGUUAUUCUAAAAAAAUUAAUUAUUUACUCAUAAUUUGCGUAGACAGUGCUACGUUAUAUGGUGUCGGUGAAGUCUUAGAGUCAGGACACACCCAAAUCAAAAAGAUUUGAUAAAAUGGUGUGAGAUAAAGUUAAUAGAUUCGGUAAGCUAACCACCAAAAACAAGUUAAUAGGAGAAGAAUUAUGUGUUGCGAGAAUGUUAAAUAUGAGAUAGCAGAAGAUACAAUCCUCUUCGUGCGUGAAAUGACUGAUUUUUUUUCUCUCAAAACAUGGAAGGAGAACAAAUUAUUGAAUGCAUCUCCUUGAGCAGAAAGUGACACACAGUAAAACUGAAUAAAUUAUAAAAAUAGAACCGUCACACAAGUACACAAUACACUAACUCUCUUUGAUCGUACAACAAAAAUAAGCAUAACAAAUAUCGGAUAACGCAAGUACAUAAAACAAUAAACAAAAAACAAAGACCCAGCCAUAAUCGAUCCAACCAAUCAAGUUACCCAAAUUUCUCUCAGCAACAAUGAUGCAGCAUAUAUCAACAAAUUCGUAAGAAGAAAUCUCAAUAAAAGUAUGCAAUGUUGAAAAAACAA